GGAGAGAGAAACUCCGGGCAGAUCACCCUCUGAGACGUGAAGCGAUCACAUUAAUUCACUCUGUGGACAUUUGAUUUUUUAUGCUCAUGGUGUGAACGCCGGGAAGCGGAGCUUGGUGACCAAAUCAGGCUUUUUUUUUUUUUUUAGGGAGAAAUUACUGAUGUGGAUCUCCAUAUGAGCGCAUAGGGAGCGCAAAGCCUAUCCCACCUUAAGAUUAGUGCCUACACUCUGGUAGAGAGACCAUGACCUGGAGAAAGAUGAAGAUGGAGAUGAAGAUGACCAUGGAGUCAUCCAUCCUCUGGAGGGCUGUCCUGGUCCUCUCCCUGCUUCCCACUCUCACACAGUGUUCAGAGAGCGAGCCCCAGAGUGCAGUGUUCCUGCCAGAGUUUGCCCUCUCACCUCAGGGCAGCUUCCUGGAGGACACCACUGAAGAUCAAUUCCUCACCUACAGAUAUGAUGACCAGGCAUCCAGGAUGACCCGUUCAGAUGAGGACAGGGAUACCGGCUGGGACGCCUGGGGAGCCUGGAGCGACUGCUCUCGAACGUGCGGAGGAGGAGCCUCUUACUCACUACGGCGUUGUCUCAAUGGAGGAAACUGUGAGGGCAAAAACAUCCGCUACAGAACCUGCAGCAAUACGGACUGUCCAGCCGAGUCUGGAGAUUUCCGGGCCCAGCAGUGUUCAGCCCACAAUGAUAUCAAGUACCAGGGUGUGGCCUACGAGUGGGUGCCUGCACCCUAUGACCCCUCAGCCCCCUGUGCCCUGCGAUGCCAGGCCAAAGGGAGGAGCCUUAUUGUGGAACUGGCCCCCAAGGUGCUGGAUGGGACACGAUGCCGGGCAGAUGCCUUGGACAUGUGCAUCAGUGGAGUGUGUCAGGAGGUGGGCUGUGAUCGCCAGCUGGGCAGCGGUGCCAGGGAGGAUAACUGUGGCGUCUGCAGUGGCGACGGCUCCACUUGCCAGCUGGUUCGAGGACAGGCCCUGCCGCACCUUUCACCAGAAGAACCUUUGAAGACAGUGUUAGAGGUGCCGGUUGGGAGCCGCUUUCUCCGAGUCAAUGCCAAAGGCCCUGACAUGAUGGUCAUCGAGGCUGUUUCCCUUCAGGGGAGGAGGGAGGAGACUGGUCUGGUUUCUACAGGCUCAUAUGUAAUAGGAAACACCUCCCUGGACUUCCAGAGAGGGACGGAUAGGCAGACAUUGAGGACACAUGGACCACUCAGCGCUGAUUAUAUCAUCAAGAUGAAGUAUGGAGGAUCCAGGGACACAGUGGUCCAGUUUCUCUUCUACCAGCCAAUCCGAUACCAGUGGAGAGAGACUGACUUCUUCCCCUGCUCUGUCACCUGUGGAGGAGGCUACCAGCUGAACUCUGCAGAGUGCACAGACAUCCGAUCCAACCAGACUCUGCCAGAGCACCACUGUAACAGCUACCCCGAAAAUACCAAACCCACACCCAAACUCAAGGAGUGCAACAUGGACCCUUGCCUAGAGAGUGAUGGAUUCAAAGAGGUGAUGCCCUAUGAUCACUUCCAGCCCCUGCCCCGCUGGGAACAGGGCCCAUGGACCCAGUGCUCCGUGUCUUGUGGCGAAGGUGGCGGCUGGCAGGAUCGCAGCGUGGUGUGUGUGGAGGAGGACACACAUGGCCAGUUCUCUCAGGUGGAGGAGUGGAAGUGCACCCACUCCCCUCGACCCGUCACCCGACAAAUGUGCAACGCCUUCGCCUGCCCUCAGUGGGUGGCCAUGGAGUGGUCUCAGUGCACGGUGACAUGUGGCCGUGGUCUGCGUUACCGGGUGGUUUUGUGUAUCGACCACCGAGGGCAGCACAUCGGAGGCUGUGCGCCGGCGCUCAAGCCUCAUGUGAAGGAAGACUGCCUGGUGCCUGUUGCGUGUCACAAGCCCAGAGAGUCAGUGCCAAUAGAGGCCAAGGUGCCCUGGUUAAAACAAGCCCACGAACUAGAGGAACAACGCACUGCUACAGAGGACCCCACGUGA